AUGCAAGCCCAACCUGGCCCGUCGCAACGAGGCUAUUUACAACGCCGCUCGCCUGGCGCUGACCCAGGUCCGCCGCCCAGUGUGCGGCCCAGCUCUCCUGGCAUGGCUGGAGUCCAACCACGAUCAUCUACAUCCUCGAACCGAUCUGGGCAAGGCAGUCUAUCGAGGCGGCCAAAUCGUGAGGGGUCUGGUGGCAGCUCAUCUAGCAUGCCGCUGUCACAAAUCGAAAAGAGCGUUACCCAUUUACUUGUCGCCACUAAGCAGCUGCUUGAAACUUUGACGCAAUGGUCCCGCGGCCAGGCUACCGAUACGCAGGUUUCCGACGUCUAUGUGCGCCUCGGCUACGAGUUCAACAUGGCAUGCCGCGCAUUUACCGCCAUCAAUGUCGAUACAUCCGACCUAGGAAAUGUUCCCGAUUUAUUAAGACACAUUUUGGAAGCAACACUGAGCCAAGAAGCUAGCACAGACAGCCUGGAGAAGUAUCUUCCACGCAUUCGCGAUAUCAUCAUUAACCUGCUGCACGGCCUAAAGCGCAAGCAACAACGAUUACGGCAGAGGCAGGGGAGGGAGCGAGAUGCAAGCUUACCCGAGAGAACGACAAGCGUCAGCACGGCAGCGAGCGGCACCAGCGGUCUCACCAAUUUGCUAGAUGAGGGUUUGGAAAACGGAUAUCGACCUGAUCCGUCCCAGCGUGGGGAUCCAAACCAGCAAACGAACACCAGCACACCACCGGGCCGUCGUUAUAACCACCAGCGAGACCAAGCCCGUGCCGAAAAUAUACCAGAUCAGUCAACUAUCACACAAAACAUCCCUUCGGCACCACCUUAUCCAGCCGAAGACACUACUAUGCCACCGUCGUCCUCUGCUAGCGAUUUGAAUAUCGACGCCUUCCCGCCUCCCCCUCCACCGCCGCCAGACACGCAAUCAAGCGCACUGGCGGCUUUACAGAAAGGGGGUGAUUUGGAACGUCGAGCAUCUCGUCGAUAUUCUCAAUAUCAAAUUUCAAAACACUUGGGUGGUGCUGCAAACGGUAUGCCCAUCUUGCCAUCGCAAACAACACCGAUUCCGAACAGAGGAAGACGAGAGGCGAGAGAAUCAUUACGGGCUGUACAGUCCCGGGAGUCUGUACGACAUAGCCGCACUCUGUCGAGUCAAUCAAAAUCCGCGGCCGUGGAAGCUUCUCCAUCUCGUAUGCCAGGCGUGCCGGAAGCCUCUUCGUCGGCCCAGCAGCAGCCCAGCGGUCCUGCUGAGCUGAGUGAUGGUCCCGCCGUGCAAACCCCGGAAGAGAAGUACGCGCCAAGUGCGACAUUGAACGGCCCUCUACAAGAUCUUUCAUCAUUCAUGCGGGAGAGUGCGCCGCCAGAACCCGAUGUCAAGCAAACGAGGCUACAGUCAAAGACUGACGAGCCAGCAUCCCUCCCCCAUCCCACGGAAUCAAAGCCCGGCGAAUCUUUUUUCCAAGUUUCGCCUCCGCUAACACCAACCAAGGACCUCACAUUGUUCCUUCAAUACAAAUCAAAAGUCAAGAAGAUUGUCCUCGCCGAAGGACGAGACGAGCUAUCAAUCGGGAGACUACAAUUGGCAUUCAUUGAAAAGUUUUCCUGGAACACGCAGCAUAAUGGCACUGAUUUACCCGAAAUUUACAUUCAAGACCCCGUGUCUGGUGUUCGACAUGAGCUAGAAGAUCUAUCAGAUAUAAAGGACAGGACUGUAUUGGUUCUCAAUGUAGAACCAUUGGACGAGGUAAAACGACAUUUCGAUGACGGAAUGCUGGCCCUGACCAAAAUUGUUCAAUCGAUGAAGCAGAAUGUCGAUGACCAAGGAACUACUCUUCAGCGAGUGUCUGACAGGCAACAAGAAACGGCAACCGAGUUGGCUCGCUUGGCAACCGCUUCACCUGUUCCGCCGGCAGCAGAAGGUGGCGUAAGAAUGCUCCCUGGUGCAGGCCGUAGGCUGAAUGCUGGUCAAGCUGGGGAGCUCCAAAGUCUGCGCCGCGACUUAGCUGUGUUGCGGCAGACUUACUCCUCGUUCCAAUCAGAUGUGCAGAACUCGAUGACUAGUAUCCGGCAGAAGGCUGCCAACGUGAAAUCUGCCGCUUCCACGGCCACCAUUCCCGACAUCGAAGGAAACGCUGGCUACUCAUACGUAACCAACGGACGAAAGCAACUCAACUCAGACUCGGAUCGUCUAGUUGGCAAGGUGGAUGACCUGCAAGACCUGAUCGAGGACUUGCGCAAAGAUGUUGUUCAUCGUGGAGUCCGCCCUCUUCCCCGUCAACUAGAAGAGGUUGCCAAAGAUAUUACAAAUCUGACCAAGGAGCUGAAGAAAAUGGAGGAAUACAUGGCCAACGAGAAGCCCAUUUGGACCAAAAUUUGGGAGAAGGAGCUUGAGGAUGUGUGCCAAGGUCGGGACGAGCUACGCCUUAUGGAGGAUCUUAUGGUGGACCUGAAUGACGAUUUGGACAAGGCGUCGGAGACGUUUACUCUGGUCGAACAGGCUACCAAGGAGCAAAUGAAGGAUAACGGCACUGGCGCUAGUGCAAGCACAGCACGACAGUUCUCCAGGGGUCUAUCACAUCUCGGCAACAGCCUCGACCAAAGCGCUGCUAAAGAGGACAUGCUGGGAGAGGUCCGAGCUCUGCAGCCGAAUCAUGAGAAUCGACUGGAAGCUAUCGAACGAGCCGAGAAGCUGCGGCAAAAGGAAUUAGAGGGUCGUCGAGGCAAUGCCAUGUUGCGAGAAAUCGCCACCUACGUCCAAGAUGGCAAGCUGAAGAAGUCCGGCGGCUUUGAAGAGGUGGAACGCUCCAGAAAGGCCAAGGAUGAGAGGAUACGUCGUGAAGUGUGGGAACGCCAGAACGGCAUCAUUCCUGAGGAUCCGAUCGGGGAAGAAGAGUUGCAGUCAGAAGAGCAGGCUGAACAGUCGGCUGAUGGCGAGGAAUUCCAUGAUGCUGCACCGACACCGGUGACUGAAGAUGCACCUAAAGAAGCAGCAGAGACCGCUGCGUAA